UGCGGCCAUGAACUCGGUGUUUGGUGCUUACGAAGGCGACCUUGCGUUAAACGUGGGCUUGUACACGGACGAGGAGACGCUUGUGCGGUCGCUGCGCCGCUUCCAGACGACCCGGCGUCUCCGUCCCGGAUACGCCUACGCCAACUUGAACUUUGUGAUCCUUGGCCAAGUCAUUGCGUACCAAACAAAUACCACAUGGGCCCAGUACCUCGAUACAACCUUCUUCCAGCCGCUUCAGAUGACCAACACGUUUGCAUCGGUGCCGGACGUGCCAUUAAAUGGCGACCUCUCGUUCGGCCACGUCAUCUGUAACGGCAAAGUGGCUGGACCGUAUCAUUUGCGGUCGUCGCCCGAGAUUGCACUGGGGUACAAGAACGGGCGCGACGCAUCGGGCUCGAUCAUCUCCACCGCGGCGGACCUCGCGAUCUUCUCCAAGUUCCUCCUCUCGAAGGGCGAUGGCAUCUUUCGCUCGCCCGCGACGAUCAGCACGAUGAUCACGGGCCACAACAUUGUUCCGAUGGCUGUCUCGACAGCCAACGUCUUGGGCUACGCGUACUCUUCCGACGGUGGCGCCAUGGCUGCUGGCUAUGGCUUUGACGUUACGAGCGCCGUUCUGUUUGAUCACCAAUACUUUGACAAGGGCGGCGACAUGAUCGCGUUCAAGACGCGGAACGGCUUUUUGCCCAAGGAGCAGCUCGGUGUCGUGCUGCUUGCCAACGCCGAGACCCUUGGCGGGCCGUUCGAUGACGCCGUCUUGUCAGACCGCAUGCGGACGUACCUCGCGGGCAUUUUCCUCGAUAUUCCCGAGCGGACGCUGAUUCGCGGGCUGGAAGAAGCGACGGCAGCUGCAACGGCGCGGCGUCCAUCAACGCCGUGCGCGCCACGGAUCUUUGACGGCACGUCGUGGGCCGAGCUCAGCGAUUCGAUCCCGGCCGUCACCCAGAACGCUCUGAUGGGCACGUAUGUGGCGACGAUUUCGACCGAGUAUUAUCGCAACGCGACCAUCUCGCGCGGCGAGAGCGGUGGACUCCAGCUCCAGUACGGUGCCUACUCGGCGCCUGUCUACUUCGCACGCAACUCGACGACGACGCUGCUGUGGGCGCUCGAUGCCAUGUCGACCGGCGGGCUUCUGUUUCCCCUUGACGGUCUCAACACGUCCACGCCGACACUCGUCGUCGAGGAUGGUUUGCUUUUCACAAAACUUCAGUAAUAUGAAAAAAGUGUCGGGCCGUUUGGCUAUGUCAA